AUGCGCUCCUCCGGUAUCUCACGGCGUCCCAAGGAUAAGUCCGCCCGCAAUGCUCAGCAAGCAGCGGCCAGCGGCGGCAGCGCCAAACCGAAAAAGGCCACCUUCGACACUACCAAGAAGAAGGAGAUUGGUGUUUCCGACCUGACUCUGCUUAGUAAGGUGUCCAACGAAGCUAUCAAUGAUAACCUCAAGAAGCGAUUCGAAGGCGCCGAAAUCUACACAUAUAUUGGCCAUGUCUUGGUCUCGGUCAAUCCCUUCCGCGACCUGGGCAUCUACACCGAUCAGGUCCUCGACAGCUACCGCGGCAAGAAUCGCUUGGAGAUGCCACCUCAUGUCUUUGCCAUUGCCGAAUCCGCUUACUACAACAUGAAAGCCUACCACGAGAACCAGUGUGUCAUUAUUUCCGGCGAAUCGGGUGCGGGAAAGACCGAAGCCGCCAAGCGCAUCAUGCAGUACAUUGCCAACGUGUCUGGUGGUCAGUCGGGUGAUAUUCAAAAAAUCAAGGACAUGGUGCUGGCUACCAAUCCUUUGCUUGAAUCAUUCGGCAACGCCAAGACGCUGCGAAACAACAACUCCUCACGAUUCGGCAAGUACCUCCAAAUCUACUUCAACUCCACUGGUGAGCCCGUCGGUGCCGACAUCACCAACUACCUCCUCGAAAAGUCUCGAGUUGUCGGCCAGAUUACCAACGAACGAAACUUCCACAUCUUCUACCAAUUCACCAAGGGUGCUUCUCGUCAGUAUCAAGAGCUCUUCGGUAUUCAAAAACCUGAGACCUACCUCUACACCAGCCGCUCAAAAUGUUUCGAUGUUGAGGGUAUUGACGAUGUCGCCGAAUUCCAAGACACUCUCAAUGCUAUGAAGGUUAUUGGCCUUUCACAAGCAGAGCAGGAUGAGGUAUUUCGCGUACUCGCUACCAUUCUAUGGGUAGGCAACAUUCAGUUUCAAGAGGAUCAGAGUGGCUACGCAGAGGUGCGCGACAGCUCCGUCGUUGACUUUGCCGCCUAUCUACUCGAAACCACUCCAGAGCAGUUGAUAAAGGGCAUCACCAUCCGCAUUCUCACCCCUCGCAACGGCGAAGUUAUUGAGUCACCUGCCAACCCUGCACAGGCAACCGCCACUCGUGACGGCUUGGCCAUGGCCCUGUACUACCACCUCUUUGACUGGAUCGUCGCCCGCAUCAACAAGUCGCUCAAGUCUCAGCAAGCCACCGCCAACGCUGUCGGUAUCCUGGAUAUCUACGGUUUCGAAAUCUUCGAGAAGAAUAGCUUUGAGCAGCUCUGCAUCAACUACGUCAACGAGAAGCUUCAGCAGAUCUUUAUCCAGCUUACUUUGAAGACCGAGCAAGAGGAAUAUGCUCGUGAGAAGAUUCAGUGGACUCCUAUUCAAUACUUUGAUAACAAGGUCGUGUGCGAUUUGAUUGAGCAGGUCCGCCCGCCUGGCAUCUUUUCCGCAAUGAAAGAUGCCACCAAGACCGCGCACGCCGAUCCUGCUGCAUGCGACCGCACCUUCAUGACCAGCAUUAAUAGCAUGUCGCACGCUCAUUUGACGCCUCGUCAGGGAAACUUCAUUAUCAAGCACUAUGCUGGUGAUGUUGCCUACACCGUUGAUGGCAUCACGGAUAAGAACAAGGACCAACUUCUCAAGGGUCUGCUGAAUCUGUUCCAAAAGAGUGGUAACAAGUUCAUUCAUUCGCUUUUUCCCCAGCAAGUGGAUCAGGAUAACCGCAAACAGCCUCCAUCUGCUGGUGACCGAAUUCGCUCUUCUGCCAAUGCGCUGGUUGACACCUUGAUGAAGUGCCAGCCUUCAUACAUUCGAACAAUCAAGCCCAACGAGAACAAGUCGCCCACUGAAUACAACAGCCCCAACGUCCUGCAUCAAAUUAAAUACCUUGGUUUGCAAGAAAACGUCCGCAUUCGCCGUGCUGGUUUUGCUUAUCGUCAAUCUUUUGACAAAUUUGUCGAUCGUUUCUUCCUGCUGUCACCAGCCACAUCCUACGCCGGCGAAUACACUUGGCAAGGAUCGUACGAGGACGCUGUCAAGCAGAUUCUCAAGGAUACAAGCAUUCCCAAGGAAGAAUGGCAAAUGGGUGUCACCAAAGCCUUCAUCAAAGCGCCCGAGACGCUGUUCGCUUUGGAGCACAUGAGAGACAGAUACUGGCACAACAUGGCCACUCGUAUCCAAAGAAUGUGGAGAGCGUACCUCGCGUACCGUGCUGAGAGUGCCACUCGCAUUCAGCGGGUAUGGCGCAAGAAGAGGACCGGUGCGGAAUACUUGCAGCUGCGUGAUCACGGUCACCGCGUCCUUCAGGGUCGUAAGGAGCGUCGCAGGAUGAGUAUCCUCGGCUCGCGCCGCUUCCUGGGAGACUACCUGGGUAUCAACGCUUCGGUUGGUUUCGGUGCUCAAGUCCGGCAAGCUGCUAACCUGGGGCCGAAUGAGCGAGCAGUCUUUUCUUGCCGUGCUGAGAUUCUGGAGGCCAAGUUUGGUCGCUCCAGUAAACCCAGCCCCCGACUCAUCGUCGUCACUAACAGCAAACUUUAUGUCAUUGCCCAAACACUUGUUGGUGGCCAGCCCCAGAUUGUGGUAGAAAAGGCCAUUCCUCUCGGCGCCAUCAAGUUCAUUGGAGUAUCGACAGCUCAGGAUGACUGGUUCUCGCUGGGUAUUGGCUCUCCCCAGGAGCCUGACCCUCUGAUGAACUGCAUCUUGAAGACUGAGCUGUUCACUCAGAUGCAGCGGGUCAUGCCUGGUGGAUUCAGCCUCAAAAUCGGAGACACGAUCGAAUACGCCAAGAAGCCCAACAAGAUGCAACAAGUCAAGGUGUUGAAAGACUCUCAACAGCGCGCAGACUUUUACAAGAGUGGUGCCAUUCAUACCACAGCCGGAGAACCCCCCAACUCUGCAUCACGUCCCACGCCGAAGGGCAAGCCAGUGCCUCCUCGACCAAUCACUCGUGGCAAGCUGAUCCGGCCUGGUGGUCCAAGUGGGCGCCCUUCCAGGUUGCAGGCCAACAGAAAGGCCCAGCCUCUACCUUCAGCAGGCAGACGUACUGUUCCCCAGCCGCCCUCUGUCAUCUCCGCUGCCUCUACUCCAGCUGCCGCCGCCGUGCCAACGCCUGUUGUUCGACAGCCCGCCACGCAACCCGCUGUCCAGAAGGUCCUUCCAAGCCAUACAAGAAACAGCUCCGGAGCUGGAAGAGCUCCGCCUCCUCCACCACCUGCCGCGCCACCAGCAAAGCCUAAGAUCAUGGCCAAAGUCCUGUACGAUUUUGCCGGCAGCAGAGACAAUGAGCUUACCGUUACUGCUGGUGAACUGAUCGAGAUUGUCCAAAAGGAAAAUAAUGGAUGGUGGCUAGGAAAGAACUCCAAUGGCCAGGCUUGGGUCCCCGCCGCCUAUGUAGAGGAGCAGGCCUCUGCGCCGCCGCCCCCUCCAGUGAGGGCAAAACCCGCGCCGCCUGCACCGCCCGCUAAGCGACCGGCUGCCGCUCGCAAGCUGGACGUCCAGCGCGACUCGGGAAUGAGCCUCAACGGCGCAAGCGGAUCCGACACGAGCCGUAGCAAUACCCCGACCCCGAGUCUCGGUGGUAGUUUGGCGGAUGCCCUGCUGGCGAGGAAGAAUGCCAUGCAAAAACGAGAGCAAGAUGAUGACUGGUAA